AUGAGUACUGAUGCAGAGAUGGAGGCCUAUGGCCCUGCUGCCAUAUACCUCCGGAAACCAGAGAAGGAGAGGAUUGAGUUCAUGCUCACAGAUCGUAAAAACCAGUCUGUCCUGAUUACUGGAGAAUCCGGUGCAGGAAAAACUGUCAACACAAAGCGUGUCAUCCAGUACUUUGCAACAAUUGCAGCUAUUGGAUCCAAGAAGGCCGAGCCUACACCUGGCAAAAUGCAGAUUGCUGAGGAAAGGUGUGAAGGGCUCAUUAAGAGCAAGAUCCAACUCGAAGCCAAACUCAAAGAGACGACUGAAAGACUGGAGGAUGAAGAGGAAAUGAAUGCUGAGCUGACUGCCAAGAAGAGGAAACUGGAGGAUGAAUGCUCUGAACUGAAGAAAGACAUUGAUGAUUUGGAGCUAACCUUGGCUAAAGUGGAAAAGGAGAAACAUGCCACAGAAAAAAAGGUGAAAAACUUGACAGAGGAGAUGGCAUCUCAAGAUGAGUCGAUUGCCAAGCUAACGAAGGAGAAGAAAGCCCUCCAAGAGAGCCACCAGCAAAGUCUGGAUGAUCUCCAGGCAGAGGAAGACAAAGUCAACAGUCUGACCAAGGCUAAGACCAAGCUGGAACAGCAAGUGGACGAUCUUGAAGGAUCCUUGGAGCAAGAGAAGAAACUCCGCAUGGACCUUGAGAGAGCAAAGAGGAAGCUUGAGGGAGAUCUGAAACUUGCCCAGGAAUCCAUAAUGGAUCUGGAGAAUGACAAGCAGCAAUCUGAUGAGAAAAUCAAGAAGAAAGACUUUGAGAUCAGCCAGCUCCUCAGCAAGAUUGAGGAUGAACAGUCGCUUGGUGCUCAGCUUCAGAAGAAGAUCAAGGAGCUCCAGGCACGUAUUGAGGAGCUGGUGGAAGAGAUUGAGGCUGAGAGGGCUGAGAGGGCUAAGGUGGAGAAGCAGAGAGCUGGUGAAGCCUCUCAGAAGCAACUUCCUUCCUGUGAAGAGAACUGGGCCCCAAUGGAGGAUCUGCCAAUUCUGGAGUUCUCUGGCGAAUGCAAAUUGAGCUGCACGGUGCUGGGAUAUUUGCACGCCACGGAUAAAAUGGUCGGAGCACUGGUUCAGUGUUUUGCCCAAGGAAACUUUGAUGACUGCAGGAGCUGGGGAUACAAGCCCCGACCUUCCAGGUUGAGGGAUAACAGACUCUACCACUGA